UGUGAGUGUGGGAAAAGCUUCACUCAGAGAUCAACCCUUAUUCACCAUCAGAGAAUCCACACGGGGGAGAGACCCUACAAAUGCUGUGAGUGUGGAAAAAACUUCACUAACAGCUCAGCCCUUAUUACACAUCAGAGAAUUCACACAGGAGAGAGGCCCUAUAAAUGCAGUGAGUGCAGGAAAAUCUUCACUAACAGCUCAGCCCUUAUUAAGCAUCAGAGAAUCCACACGGGGGAGAGACCCUAUGAAUGCUGUGAGUGUGGGAAAAGCUUCACUCAGAGCUCAGACCUUCUUAUACAUAAGAGAAUCCACACAGGAGAAAGACCCUAUAAAUGCAGUGACUGUGGGAAAAGCUUCACGAAGAGAUCAGUCCUUAUUGCGCAUCAGAGAAUCCACAUGGGGGAGAGACCCUAUGAAUGCUGUGAGUGUGGGAAAAGCUUCACUCAGAGCUCUGACCUUAUUAUACAUGAAAGAAUCCACACAGGAGAAAGACCCUAUAAAUGCAGCGAGUGCAGGAAAAGCUUCACUAAGAGCUCAGUUCUUAUUGCACAUCAGAGGAUCCACAUGGGGGAGAGAUUCCAUGAAAGCUGUGAGUGUGGGAAAAGCUUCACUGAUCGAUCAGCCCUUAUUAGACAUCAGAGAAUCCACAAAAGAGAUCAACCCUAUGAAUGCUGUAAAAAGCAACAGAGGGUCCUGUGGCACCUUUAAGACUAACAGAAGU